AUGCGUGUUAUUUAUCAUAAAUAUAAACGAAAUCAUCGAAUGGAAUGGAGAAAUUAUCGGAAAAUGUCUGCACAAUUAUUACCAAUAUCAUUUUUAUAUUUAGUUUUAUCAUUUCCACCAAUGAUAUUAUAUGCGGCAUAUGCAUUUGGUUUAUCAGCAGAUAUUGGUUAUGAAUAUUUUCAAAAUAGUCUUUUCUUUUUUUAUUGGGUUAUUUUAUUUACACCAUUUAUGAGUAUUUUAUCAUUACCUGAUUUAAAAAAUAAAUUUCACAAAUUUUUUUUCUUUUGGAAAAAUAUAAAUCAAAUUUAUCCAGAAAUUUUAACUAUGACUCGUCUUAGACGUGGACAAACGACAAUUAUAGCACAACCACCACCACCACCACCACCAGUGCGACAAAUGCCAACUAUUGUUAAUUAA